AUGACGACGAACACGAGAGUGAUGAGGAGUACUCACCGGCGCAGAUCUGAUACUUCUCGCGCGGUAAAAAAACUGUUUUUACUCAAAGUGUUUGCCGUCGCGUACGCAUUCGUCCUCUGUCUCGGGUGUUUUUCCACUAACACCGAUGAUGCGAAUGGAUUAAUGCGCGAAAGAAGAAGGCGCAUCAUCGUCGGCGAGGGCGAAGGCUUUUUCUUCGUUUCCGCCAACCCCGGGGGAAAAGAAGACGAAGACAAGCUUCUUCGGUUGGAACGUGAACUGGAAAAAGCAAAGUCUGACCUCUCGUACGCGAGGAAAGAGAAACGUGCCGUCGAGGAAAAAUUAAACGUCGAUUUGAACGAAAUGAGACGGACGAAACGAGAGGUGGAGUUGGAAUUGCAAAAAUCGAAAUCAGCCAUCGAGGAGGCGAAAGUGAACUUGGAAAAGACAAAAGAAGAGAAAGAAAAGUUCGAGAGAAGUUUUUUACGAGAAACGAACGAAGAGUUUAUCGCUCAGAAAAGUUCGUCGAACGAUUUGAAGACGGAGUUUGCGCAUUUUUGGGAGGCGUUGAAGACGUUCGCGGAAGCGGCGACGAGCGACGGGAAGGCGAAAGCGAAGGAAGGUUUGGAGGGUUUGAAAGCGCACUCGAAAGUUUUCGCGGAAUAUUUGAAAGAGAAGACGAGUGGGUUGGCAGUCGUCGCGAAGGCGAAAGGGUCGGAAUAUUACGCGUUCGCGAAGGUGAAGUCGUUGGAAAUCGGGCAGUUGGCGAGUAAGAAGGCGAUGGAGUUUGAUUUGCCGAAGAAAUACGAAACGGCGAAAGUGAAGGCGAAGAAGGAGGUGAUGCCGAAAAUUAAAAGCGCGUACGGUGAAGUCACGAAGCAAGUGAAAUCUGGGGUGAAGAAAGUUCAACCGCAACUGACAAAGGCGAAGAAGUUUGUCCAGGAGAAGACGCCGAAGGAAGCGAAGGAGUACGCGACGCGCGCUUUCUUGUUUUUAAGAGCGGCGAGAGAGGAGUUGGUGAAAGUUUUGGCGGCGAAAUUAUUGAUGGUGUACCAAAACGUGGAUUUUUUUGCGCCGUACGCGACGAAAUCGAACGCGAUGUUUUCCUCGUACGUUUUGGUCCAAACGUUGAUGUAUUACUUGGCGUACCGAACGGUGUCGCGAGUGCUUUUCGGACGCAAAAAAGCGAAAGGGGACAACAACAACAAAAACGUCACUAAGAAAGCGGCGAAAGCGGUGCCGAAAGAGGUGAAAGGUAGAUCGGUUGAGUUUUCGCCCCCGAAAACGAGAGCGACGCGAAUCGCCGCACCGUUCGCGGCGAAGCGAACGACAGCCUAA